AUGAAUCGUUUGUUUGACGACAUAUUUGGCAAUGCCACAUUUGAAUCGGAUAUUUCGAUGUGGAUUAACAGCGAGGACUUGGGGGCCAACUCCAACUUACAUACGGAUGAUUCUUUCGAAUCGUUGUCGUCUUUCCAACUUCCGGAUGGGAUGAUGAAACCAGAUGCUACAGAUCUUCAUCACUAUCGCUCCGCUGACGAAAAUAUCGCCACCUUGCCCAAAGAGGACCUUUUACGUCAAAAAUGGUUUAGCUUUGUUAGUGUACAGAGCACAGGCUACUCGACCCCCGACGAUGGAGCCGAACGCAAACAUAUUGAUGAAAACUUCAUGAAAGGCUUAUAUCAACGACUUCACCCGCCAGCCCCGGACCAAAGCCUCCCGUCUGCGGAUUUCCUGAACCUCUGCCUUCAGAUGUUUGUCACUCGAUUCAAUCCCAUUUUUCCAAUAAUUCACCUCCCGACCUUUCGGCUAUCAAGCAACAAACCACUUCUACUUAUGGCAAUGUGCACAUUAGGAAGUUUGUUUUUGGGGUCCCCUCAGGCUAAAAAUAUGGGACAAAGGAUGUUUGAUCGGCUGCACAAAGCAUCCUUAGCCUCGGUGCGUGUAUAUCACAUCACGCAGUGGGAGAAGUACGUAUCACGUGGCCCCGAUACAGCUCUCAUGGUCAUUCAAGCGGCUCUGCUUGGGCAUACCUACGCUAUACUUUCAGGGGUGGGUGGUGUGCUAUCCAAUUCCAAGCCGAACAAUCUUUUCACAAUGCAGUCCUUCCAUGGAACCAUCAUUGCUUGGGCAAGAAAAGGUGGCAUGUUUGAACCCUCCAAAAGUGCUGCCACCGAUCUAUCUGCGGACAGUCAGGAUCUAGAAAGCAAGUGGAAGAUCUGGGCCAAACGCGAAGAACGAUGCAGAGCCACCGCUGCCCUCUAUAUCCAGGACUCUGAAUAUUCUGCCCUGUUCACCGAAGAUCCUCUCUUGCGCCACGCCUUAGUUGACUAUUCUUCACUAUGUUCCAAUAAUUCAUGGGAGGCUGAAACUCACCAGGAAUGGAUAAUAACCAUCCUAAAUGCUCACUCCGGAGUGACCGCCUCUGAAAGCCCCCCAUCGAUGGAUCAAAGCUACUUUCUUUGCUCCUCGCAGGGGAUAGGUGAACGUGGAGCCUUUGGCGCAUACGCCAAAUUGGAGAGCAUAUCAGCGGCAAUAUCCGGGGCUAAGGGACUAGGAACCUGGCUCGCCAUGUCCUCACACUUUGAAAAAGAUUUACUAGAUUUCCAGGACAAUUAUCCUCAGCUUUUCAAGAGCCCUGAUCACGACAAAUUCAGUCUUGAAAUUCUAUGGCGUUCAGCGUUUAUCCAACUAUCUGCAGACAUGAAUCGCCUUGAGAUGUGCUCUGGACGAGAUGGCUUCCAAAAGUCUCAGCUGCACAGUGAGUAUGCUGAAAAUUGGGCGGAAUCCGCAAGCGUCGUCAGAUGUGCGCUACAUGCCGUACUAAUUUUGCGGAAGUCAGAAAAUAUGUCUCUUGGAGCUGAUGUCACGGUACACGUCCCUCGUGUAUUGUACUGGGCGGCCCUAGUUUGGUACUGCUUUUUGAACUUCGGCUCACGUCACGCUCUUGUGUGCCCUGUUUCUGAAAUCGAGAAUUCUGAAAUUCCAAGGUUGGAAAUCCAUUCUCAAGAGUUAUUGCUUGGGGAUGAUUGGUCUGAAAAACAAAGAUCAACGAUAGUGACUUCCAGAACGCUUGGAACGCUGGUUGAUCUUCUGGGGCGCGUAGGGCACUGGGCACUUUCACGCAAAUUGGCAUCCUUAAUGGCCUCUCUCAUUCAUGGAGAUCCUGAGUGGAAUGCAAAGGAUCAUCAUUGA